GGUCCUGGGCAGGGGGAGGGGCCCGGGGCGGAGCCUCGCAGACCCCGGGCUGAGCGGAGAGGGGCUGCGUCGGCCCCCGGUGAGAAUGGUGGGCGGCAUCCCACCUUGAAGGCCGGGAAGGAGGACUGGAGGGGUUAGGAAGCAAGAAGGGUGGCUUCGGGGAAGCGGUGGUGUCACCCGAGCUGGGACCGCAGGAAGGUCAGACGCGUCCAGAGGCCAUCCCCCCUGGGGUCACCGGGAGCGCGAGUGUGUGUGUAAGGGGGCUGUUCACCUCUCUCUCUCACUGCCCGAUGCUCCCCCUAGGGGGCACUAAGCUUAAGAAUUUUUGAGUCAGUACUAAGCAUGUACCUAGUUAGGGUCCUACUUCAGUCUUUGGGAAACUGGAGACAAAGAACACAAGGGAAGUGCUGUAAGCCCUCCGCCCCAGCCGCACACGCACGCUUGUGCUCACCGUGCGCACGGCACGGGGGCGGGAGGAGAGUGGGCACAGACUUGCGGGCAGCCCCUUUCGGCUGUCCUCACACUGGGACAGGCACAUAACCAGGUGGGCACCGCGCAGGUGCACACAUGCACCCGGCUUCCAAGGACACAGCGCUCCCUCCCUUGCAGGGACAUGCUGGGUGCUGUUUCCUGCUCCCCCUGCCUAGCCACAGAAAUCUGGGGCCUGCUGCUUGUUAACUGUACACUUCGUUUCCACUGGCUUCUCUCUCUCUGGCUGGCCCCCCGGGCCAGGCAUGAGGCAUUAAAGGGGCCAGUCAGCACUGCAGCAGAAGGGUGUGUGUGUGUGUGUGUGUGUGUGUGUGUGUGUGUGUGUGUGCGCGCACACGCACAUGUGCAUGGGUGUGCAACAAUGUUGGAGGGGUGGGGACAGGCCGUUUGAGCAGUCAGACUCAGCCCUCAUUGAUUAUGGGCUUGUUGGGUGUCACUUAGGAAGCAAGGAGGAUGAGACACGGGCCCUGCCCUCAGGAGCAGUCCAUCUGGUGGAGAACUAGACAUGUAAACAACUCCCAAUGUGCCAAGUGCUUUUAACAGACAGGCCCUAGGAGAGUAUCAGAAAUUAGUGACAAAUGGCUGGGCUUCCAGCGCCUUCCUCACUCCCAUCCCCUCCUCUCCUCAGCCACAGGCCUCUGCCCUUUUGGACUGUCUUGUGUGAAGGGGCCCUAGCCCUUCUUUCCCGUCCCAGGACAGAGGGGAAGAAUGUGCGUUGGUUGGGAGGCGGAUGUGAACAGUGGGGAGACUCACAGAAGAACGCAGGGAGGGUGGGAGGAAUGAGGUUGGCCUGGGUUAAGCCCCUUCUCCACAGGAAGUAUUAGACUGUUCGUGGGGUCUGGGGAGAGGUGGGUGAGCCGAAGGAGAAUGGCUUCUCUAGAACCCAGGGCCGACAGUAUGCGCAAGAAGCCAGGGCCCCACCUGUUAGGAGAGGAGAUGAUGUCAGAGGGCCCUUCUUCCCUACUUUCCUGGGUCACCUGGAAGCGGGCUGGGUUGGGGACCUACCUUCGCUAAUGCCCGUUUGUCUGUUCCUUCUCCCCAUCCACACCUUCUCUGUCUCACUGCUGUCUUUGUGUCUGUCUUCGGCCUCCUUCUGGUUUCCAUCCUCUCCCUCUGUCUUUUGUGCCUCCUGGGCCUCCACUUCCGCCUCUUGGGGCGUCUCUCUUUGCACUUUCCUGUACUGGCAUCCUGGCCCCCUUUUCGUCUGUGUUUAUCUGUGGCCACUGGCUCCCAUCUCCUUCUCUCCCUGUUACAUCCCUGUGUCUCUCCAUCUCUGUGUUCAUCAUCUCUGUGCCGGGUCCUGCCACUCUGUCUCACCUCCUCCUCCUCGUCUCGGCACCCCUCCCUGCCCGUCCAAGCAGCAGCGACCCAUCCAGCCCUCCUUCACCAAAUCUCUCUGCCGUGAGUCCCACUGGAAGUGCCUCCUGCUCUCGCUGCUCAUGUACGGCUGCCUGGGGGCGGUGGCCUGGUGCCACGUCACCACGGUGACCCGCCUCACCUUCAGCAGCGCCUACCAGGGCAACAGCCUCAUGUACCACGACAGCCCCUGCUCCAACGGCUACGUCUACAUCCCCCUGGCCUUCCUGCUCAUGCUGUACGCGGUCUACCUGGUGGAGUGCUGGCACUGCCAGGCCCGCCACGAGCUGCAGCACCGCGUGGACGUGAGCAGCGUGCGGGAGCGGGUGGGCCGCAUGCAGCAGGCCACCCCCUGCAUCUGGUGGAAGGCCAUCAGCUACCACUACGUGCGCCGGACCCGUCAGGUCACCCGAUACCGCAACGGAGAUGCUUACACGACCACCCAGGUCUACCACGAGCGUGUCAACACACACGUGGCGGAGGCCGAGUUCGACUACGCACGCUGUGGCGUCCGGGACGUGUCCAAGGCGCUGGUGGGGCUGGAGGGUGCGCCGGCCACGCGGCUGCGCUUCACCAAGUGUUUCAGCUUCGCCAGCGUGGAGGCGGAGAACGCGUACCUGUGCCAGCGCGCACGCUUCUUCGCCGAGAACGAGGGCUUGGAUGACUACAUGGAGGCUCGAGAGGGCAUGCAUCUCAAGAACGUGGACUUCCGCGAGUUCAUGGUGGCCUUCCCUGACCCGGCCCGGCCACCCUGGUACGCCUGCUCGUCGGCCUUCUGGGCCGCGGCGCUGCUCACGCUGUCGUGGCCGCUGCGCGUGCUGGCCGAGUACCGCACGGCGUACGCGCACUACCACGUGGAGAAGCUCUUCGGCCUGGAGGGGCCGGGCUCGGCCAGCAGCGCGGGCGGCGGCCUGAGUCCCAGCGACGAGCUGCUGCCCCCGCUCACUCAUCGCCUGCCGCGGGUCAACACGGUGGACAGCACCGAGCUCGAGUGGCACAUCCGUUCCAACCAGCAGCUGGUACCCAGCUACUCGGAAGCGGUGCUCAUGGACCUGGCUGGGCUGGGCGGGCGCUGCGGCGGGGCAGGGGGCGGUGGCUACGCGCCCACGUGUCGCUACGGCGGGGUGGGUGGCCCGGGCGCGGCGGGCGUGGCCCCGUACCGGCGAAGCUGCGAGCACUGUCAGCGAGCGGUCAGCAGCUCGUCCAUCUUCUCGCGCAGUGCGCUGAGCAUCUGCGCCAGCCCGCGGGCCGGCCAGGGGCCCGGAGCCAGUGCGGGAUGCGGGGGCAGCCGCUUCUCGCUCGGUCGCCUCUACGGCUCCCGGCGCAGCUGCCUGUGGCGCAGCCGGAGCGGGAGUGUCAACGAGGCGAGCUGCCCCACGGAGCAGACGCGUCUGUCGAGCCAGGCCAGCAUGCGGGACGACGAGGACGAGGACGACGAGGAGGAGGCCGGGCCACCGCCGCCCUAUCAUGACGCCCUCUACUUCCCUGUCCUCAUCGUCCAUCGUCAGGAGGGGUGUCUGGGCCACAGUCACCGGCCACUGCACCGCCAUGGCUCCUGCGUGGAGACCUCACUGUGACCUCCUGUCCUUGGAGGGAGCCUGCGCCGUUCUCCCUCCUGCCCCUUGACAUAUUGUGCUCCCUGUGCGUAGCAGGGGAAGGCAGGAUGGUGACUGAGGCCAGGCAGGGUAUGCGUGAAGGCGGGAGGUGAGGGGCACGCCCAGAAGAGACCCCAGUGGGCCUGAGACUGCUCCCUGUACACAGACAGAGGGCGGGGGAGGUUGGCAGCUCUCCGAGAAUCCCACCCACCGGGGCAGAGGUGGCGCUCUGCUAGUCCCCACCGAGUUCCUACGGGGACACUUCCUUUUCCACGCACACUCGAGGUUUCCCGCCCAGGCUUUCGUCAAGUCUUGACUGUUACUAGGCAACUAUGAUGUGGGACCCGUUUUUGGCCUCCCCACCAAGGGAGCCACCAUGGCAAGCCGCAGGAAGGGCAUUUGGGGCUUUUUUUUUUUUUCCCUUUUUUGCCGGGCCCCUGAGGAGGGGGCGGUGGUCUGGUGAAGAGCAGGGCUGGUUUCCAGCCAGCUGAGUUCACCGGGUCUGAGGGUAGGGCCGGCUGGCAGCCCGGUAUUCCUCUCCACACCUGGGAACGGUUCUGGCCUCUUGGCGCUGGCGGGGAAACCUUGGCGGUUCCUGCCUGCCACGCCCACCACGGUUGUUUAUUUCACUGGGCCCCAGAGGUCCGGUCCUGGAGGGACUUUGCAUCACGCCAAUGACGUCACUCACCUCCGGCUUACCGGCUCUGAAGAGCUGUUGUUGUCAGGGUGCAGGGGGCCAGAGGGGGAGCUGGCGAGGGCAUGCCCCGGCCCUCUCUGGAAAAGACCCAGCCUCCCAUCGAUCAGAAGCUUCCUCCCCUGGGUUCUGGGUAGGUACUUCCGUUAGGGAGGCUAAGGUGCCAUCCUGGAGGCCCUCAUUAGAGUUGGGCAGGGUGGGUGACCAAGUGGACCAGAGCUUGAGACACACCUUGGUGUCAAGAGACCUCAGGAGGCAGGUAGGAGAAAGAGCAGAGUUGGUAAUGGUGGGCGGAGUGAAGCCAGCUCUGAAGGGGUGGCUGCGCGGUACAGCUUUUCCUCUCCGAGAGACGCUUAGGGGGUAGUACGCCCCUUACACAAGCCUGGGUGGAGCUGAGUCCAUCACAAGCCCUCCCUGGAGAGGUACUCAAAUCCAGGGGCAGGAGCGCCAUUCUUGCCAGACCCUCCACGUCCUCUUAUCCUGUGAGCUCAAGUUCUGUCUUCAGAGGGGCUUCACGCCACAGCCCCAGGGCACCAGCCCCUGUCCUGUCCCUUCAAAGCUUUGACACCAACUUUGCUCUCCCGCUCCCUGUACCCCCGCCCCCCCUCCCCCCCCCAGGCCCCGUGCGUCAUUGUGCAUGUCUGUGUUUGGCCCCUUGCUCUCCCAGCUGCCCUGGCUGAAGUUUUCCCAGCACACUUAGCACCCAGGGAUCGGGCUCACAUCCAUCCAGUCUUGCUCCCUCGGCUUCUUGCUUUGCCUCCCCCAUCAGAGCUCCAUCUUCUCGGCCUCCCCUCUUCCUCCUGGCUGUGCCAGUCCCACACCAACCAAUGGGAGUGGCCCCAACCUAUGCAACAUCUCUUCUGGCUUCCUGUCCCUUCUUCCCGGGGGGGGGGGGGGAUGUGGGAAGCCCAGAUCGUGGGGAUGCCAGGAUAUGGCUCAGAUGGGGUUGUGCUUUCUAGCCAUACAGAGAUGGCUGGGUGGGGGAGGGGUGUCAGAGGGAGAGGUUUGCGCCCACGGGAUCGGCAUAGCUGCCCACUAGGGUUCCUGAGCAGCAGCGCCCCCUGGCCUGUCAGCACUGAGCCCUCGAGGACCCUGAGUUUGAGUUUGUCCGAGGGGGCGGGUAGUUUGUCGGCGCACCCAGCUUUCCCUGGAGCAGACAUCUGUUGACGCACAGGUGGUGGUGGAGCUGUGGCCUCGGGCCCCAGUCCUUGGCCAGCUGGUACCUGGAUGUCUUGUUCUCAUUAGGGGCAGCCUGGCCACCUCACAGCUCCAAAGAGGGAAGGGCUUGGCUCCUUCUCCAUCAUGCUGGGUCCAGAGACGGAGCUUGGCCUUGGGAGAGGAGGAGGGGAAGCCCUGUUAUUAUUUCUGUCUGACCAUUUCUGCCUAGGUCUUUUCAUACAGACAGCCUCACCUCCCACACACGCACAGACUUAGAGAGAAAGCAAUUCUUUGGUCUCUUUUCUUGGUAGCUUUAUUGAUUGCCAGGGAAAAUGAAAACCAGAAAAUUAAUUAAUCUCUAAAAUUAAACUUUACACUGAAUGUUCUUGUUUCUCUAAUUAGAACUUCUGCUAGCAGCUGUGGCUACACACAGACACACACACACCCUCACACCUACAUGUUUGCACUCUGGAACUGUCAGAGGGUGUCAGGUACAGAUGUCUCUAGGUUGCCCGGACAGGCACACACGUAGUCACUCCCAGGCCCCCUCUGGUGCUCUGCUCAGCGCCUGCGUGUUGCAAAGAGUCCCUGGAGUGCAGGCCCUCCUGGACGGCAGCUGCGGUUCAGUCUCCCAUCUUUUGGAUAGGUGGGCUCUGGGCCACUCAGCUCAAGAAGAGUUGGGAGACAAGGGGCUGGGCCUGAAUUGGUCAGUCGGGUCCUCUCGUGGAUCCGUAGGCUGAUGUGAUUCCUAUGGGUGUAGCCCCAGGGUGGGCAGUCAUAGAGUGACAGGGACUCAUGGAGGGUACCAGGAAGACUGUAUGUCCUAAGGAUAAGGGUUUGUGGGGUGGGCUGGGCCUGGCUCGGGAGAAGACAGAUCUCUGUCAAAUUGGGUGCAUCACACUGUGGCCUUUUUGUCAUGGAAUUCCAAGCGCAAAGAUUGUACAAAUCACACUGGUGGACAAUAAAAGUGUGGACGACUCACCGA